AAUUCCUCUAAAUACCUAGUAAUAGCAACAUUCCGUCCGACUCGGGAUUUGAUACCGUACCUACUACCUACAUUGUUGUAGUCUACAAGUGAAGGCAAAUAAUUGGAAUUGGAAUAUGUUUGUGCAAUUGAAUCCAUGAGUCGUUUUGGUGAUUAUGGAUACAUGACUCCAAUGAAUCAGUGGUUUCUAAAAUUAAGAUUUUUGUGUUACUGUAGUAGUUAUUAUUAUUUUGUGUAAUUUUAGUACAUUACUCCGGUGAUAAUUUUGUGUAAGAGCAAUUAAUUGUAUGGUGUAUUGCUAAAUCGAUAUUGAACUAACUCGUAUUUCUGCGUGAUGAUAUUAGCCGAAACAGUACUUUUCUCUCUGUGUUUAAUUGACACUGGUGCUGUAUUAUUUCUAUUAAUUUAUUACAUAAUAACGUUGUCUGAUUUAGAGUGUGAUUACCUAAAUGCCCAAGAAUGCUGUGAUAAACUGAAUUACUGGUUGGUGCCAAAGUAUAUUGCUCACACUUUAAUUACCUUCUUAUUGGUGACACAUGGGCAACUUGUAUUGUUUUUCCUCAAUUUACCCUUGUUUAUAUGGCUAACAUAUGAAUAUUUUACGAUACCUCAAGGUAAUCUUGGAAAGUAUGACCCAGCAGAGAUUCUGAACCGUGGACAGCUUCGGAAACAUCUAAGGGAUCUAAUGAUCUAUAUAGGAUAUUAUUUAGUAUCUUUCUUUAUUUACCUUUAUUGCUUCAUACUGGCACUUCUAAAAGGUAAUCCCAUAGCAGGUUCUGAUGAUCAGAUUGUAACUGAAAUGUAAAAAUGGCAGAAAAUCCAAAAACUUCA